AGAGUCAGAAAGGGAGGGUAAGAGCUGAGGGAGAGAAAAAGGAAGCUCUCCGAUAAGUAUUUUGUGUACAAUUCUUCAGAAGUUAAGCAAACUUCCAGAAGUGGAAGGUGGGAUCGAAGGUCUAUAGAGGAGGAUCGUCUAGCUGAAGAAGGGAUCUGAUGGGAAGGACGGACUCCAGUUUGUCAGCAGCUGAUGACAGCAUAAAAUAUUAACUCUGUUCAAGGCCUUGGGCCUCGAGUGACCACAGACAGAGAAAAAUAAACAUGUCUUCUGAACUGGACUCCAGUCUCACCAGUAUUGACUGGUUGCCCAAACUGGGAAUCAGCAGCUUGCGCUCUGGAAGAGAGAGAGGAGGAGGAUGUGUAGGAGGUGGAGGGGAGAAGAAGAGAGAAAGAGGGAGGGAGAGGGGGGACUUCAUACCUCCAGUACCUAGUCCCUCUCCCUCAAACUGCAAAGGGAAGCCCCCUCAUAGCUACGCCACUCUCAUCGCCAUGGCGAUAGCAGCUGCACCUGAGAGGAAGCUGAGUUUAAAUGACAUCUACACCUGGAUCAGCGACACGUUCCCGUACUACAGCCGAGCGGGCCGAGGAUGGAAGAACUCCAUCCGACACAAUCUCUCCCUGAAUAAAUGCUUCAGGAAAGUUCCUCGACCUCAGAACAACCCCGGAAAAGGCUCCUAUUGGACGAUGGACGGACCCCCAGAAGUGGCUGAAGUGAGGGCCUCUAAACGCCCCCAUCCAGAAGAGGAAGAGGAGGAAAUUUGUCAACCAGUAGAGACAAAAGCAGACAGAGGAUCGUCUCCUCGUCAACUCCAAAGAAUGUCCCGUGAUGACCCAACGCUUGGUAACUCCUCUCCAGCUGGACCCGUCCAGCAGCACUCUCCCCACUCACCGGUCCCAUGCAAGCAACCAUCACCUUACAUACCAACCCACAUCUCAAGCCACCCUGCAUCACAUUUACCUGUCCCCCAAUCAACUGGGCCCCCACCAGCAGCUCCCAUGCCGUCCAUCAAUUCCUUCCCUCCUCCCAACACACCUGUCUCCACCUUUUCCAUCCCUGCUGCUUCAGCUUCACCAUCAUCUGCUGUCAACGUGUCUCCGGCCUCUCCAGCAGGGCCCUCUUUUACUGAGGCAGUGCUGUCCUUUCCUGCAGCCUCAGCUCCUCCACCUGUUUCUGCUUUCCCCUGCGGUAUCAACUCCACACCCCUGCCUGUUUGCACCGUGUCAGCGCCCAGUUACUCAUCCCUAUCCAACGCCGCCCAUCCGGUUGUUUCAUCCAACUCCUCUGCUGAUCCUCCACUGCGUUUCUCCUUCGAUGAGCUGAACAUUCCAGACUUGUUUGCCUCUUUUAAGUCUCUCUUUAGAACGAUGCGGGAGAGAGGAGGGUCGUUCUCGGAUGUAGCUCCCUUAUUUGGCACAAACAAUGACACUACACCACUCCACACUCCAACUGUGCUGCCGACGUCCCCUUAUCCUACCUUUGCACCACCUGCAUCAGGUGCAGCACCCGCUCUGCCUGCUGCAGCUGCACAGGCUCCAGAGAUGGAACGUGUUCCACAGCACACGCUGCCUCCCAACUGGUUCAGCAACACAGAUUCUCUCAAGGAGAGCUUCAGGAUCGCCAGCAGCCUGGACUGGGCGAACAUCGACCUCUCUAGUCACCCAGACCUGCUGGAGAGCAUGAAGAAGGCGGAGCUUUGUGACUGGGCCUUAGAUCCAACGCUCUUCACCUCCCUCUGUGACUCUCUGAACCGCUUCUUCUCUGACAAAGGCAUGAUCACCCCUGGAAACAACUCCCCCAUCACCCUCGGUGUGCCCCACUCAUUUCAAGCAUCACCGCUGACCUCUAACCCACCGCCUCCUCUCCUCACUCACCCAUCACCACUUCCCUACCCUCCCAUGUUCCCUCCCACCAAUGGAACGCAGCCGCCCCGGAGGCCCCUACCCAUGCAGGGACCAGGAAUUCAGAGACCACAUCUGGCCACUGGGAUCCAGCCUCAGUCAGGGGUGCCGCGACAGCGUCCUCCACUCAAGAAUCUGAAAAGCAACAGCGAGGAGAUCCAGGACGACUUUGACUGGGAUUCCCUUGUUUGACCUUUAUGUACAGAAAAAUCUCUAAAUGUUCCUGAGGAAUGCCUCCUUAAUGAAUUUAUGAGUAUGUGUAAAAAAUGAUUUGUUCAAGUAUGUGUAAAACUCACCUUUUACAUCUAUUUGUGCUGCCAUGUGGGUCUCUACUGCCUCAAUACACUCCAAACAUAAAAAAAACCCUAUAUAUCAGUUUUCUGUUAGUGUUUGGUUUUAGUAAUGUACCUAAAACAAGUCGUUUCAAAAAGUCCCUGUUUAUGUCAUAAAUAGGGAAAUUUAGAACAUAACCACCUCUCACAUGCAAGACACGUGCUGUCCCGUCCCUCUUGGAUAUGGGAGCUUCUCAGCUUAUAGCAGCCUGAGAGGAGAAAGGGUGGGCGUGGUCAGCUGCUGUGUGUUUUCUUAUAGUGACAGACCUGAAAUGGCUCAUUCUGGAGGAUACUGAAAAUUAAACAUCUGAAAUCUUUAUCAAGAACAAUUGUAAUGCAAGAAAAAAGUCAUAGGUCUCCUUUAAGACUUUUUGUCUCAUACCAACAAAGAUGUUUUGAUUUUCUGUUUUGUCGUAGGUAUUGUCAGGGUGUGAUGUCUCCUGGAUGUUUUACUCUAUUCAUAAUCUCUGCAAUAUUUGUAUACGCAGGAAAAAGUCCAACACACAAUCUGCAUUUUUAUUUUAUUUCAUAAAUUUCUUUAAUUUUUUUCUCCAUUUUACUUUUCAAAUGUGAAUGUUCACAGUUGACACCACACAAAAUUCAACCUGAACUGAUAAGAUAUUUUUUCUUGAUAUAAAAUAAUAAAUUCAUCAA